CAUAUAUACAAGUACAUUACAAUCUUAUACAAAAUGUUUUCUUCGGUUGCUGUCCCAAGAGUCGAGAUCUUGGCUAGCAGUGGGAUCGAAUCAAUCCCAAAAGAGUACGUGAGGCCGCAAGAGGAGCUAACCACCAUAGGCAACAUUUUUGAUGAAGAGAAGAAAGACGAAGGUCCCCAGGUGCCCACCAUCGAUCUUCGCGACAUAGACUCUGAUGACCAGCAGGUGCGUCAGAGAUGCCGUGAUGAGCUCAAGAAAGCCGCUGUGGACUGGGGUGUUAUGCACCUUGUCAACCAUGGCAUCCCUGACCAUCUCAUCGACCGAGUCAAGAAAGCUGGCCAAGCCUUCUUCGAACUCCCCGUGGAGGUCAAGGAGAAAUAUGCUAACGACCAGGCGUCGGGAAAUAUUCAAGGCUAUGGCAGCAAGCUUGCUAAUAAUGCUUCUGGCCAACUUGAGUGGGAGGAUUAUUACUUUCACCUUAUUUUUCCUGAGGAGAAGAGAGAUUUGGCUAUUUGGCCCAACAAUCCAGCUGAUUACAUCGAGGUAACAAGUGAAUAUGCAAGACAACUGAGAAGGCUAGUAAGCAAAAUUCUGGGAGUGCUCUCACUCGGGUUGGGAUUAGAAGAAGGAAGAUUGGAGAAAGAAGUAGGUGGGCUCGAUGAACUUCUUCUCCAGAUGAAAAUCAACUACUAUCCCACAUGCCCACAACCUGAGCUAGCUCUGGGCGUGGAAGCUCAUACAGACAUAAGCGCAUUAACUUUCAUACUCCACAACAUGGUCCCUGGUCUGCAACUCUUCUACGAAGGCAAGUGGGUGACUGCAAAAUGCGUCCCUAACUCCAUCGUCAUGCACGUAGGCGACACUAUUGAGAUCCUCAGUAAUGGCAAAUACAAAAGUAUUCUGCACAGGGGACUGGUUAACAAGGAAAAGGUGAGGAUUUCAUGGGCUGUGUUCUGCGAGCCGCCUAAGGAGAAGAUCAUCCUCAAGCCUUUGCCAGAGACUGUAUCAGAGAAUGAACCGCCACUAUUUCCUCCUCGCACAUUCGCUCAGCAUAUCCAGCACAAGCUCUUCAGAAAAAAUCAAGAGAAUCUUGAGGCUAAAUGAGAUUAAAGUUCACUAUAUAUCAAUGUUGUUUGUUAAUUAAGCUGGUGUUUUGUUCUGCAUGAU